AUGUUGUUAAAAUCAUUCGCUUUAAUUGCUAUUUCAACAUUAGCAUCAUCUGCUCCAAUUUUCAGUAAAAGAGCUGAUGAUCAAGCUCAUGAACCAAUUGUUCAAGUGCUAAAUGGUACUUUACAAGGUUCUUAUUUAUCAAAUUUCCAUCAAGAUGCCUUUUUAGGUAUCCCAUUUGCUGAACCUCCAUUAGAUGAAUUAAGAUUCCAACCUCCUCAAACAAUUAAACAUAAAUAUAAUGAACAAUUAAAAGUGGUUAAUCAAUAUGGUCAUUCUUGUAUGUCAACUUCAGUUUCUGCUGAUAAUAUUACACAAUCUGAAGAUUGUUUAACUCUUAAUGUUAUUAGACCUUCAGGUUAUGAAAAUCAAUCAUUACCUGUUGCUAUUUGGAUUUAUGGUGGUGGAUUUUAUGAAGGUUCAACUGCAAUGCCUGCUUAUAAUUUAUCUUAUAUUGUUCAAAAUGGUGUUGAAAUUGAUAAACCUUUUAUUGGUGUUUCAAUAAAUUAUAGAUUAACAGGGUUUGGGUUCUUAGCAUCUCAACAAGUUGUUAAUAAAGGUUAUUCAAAUGUCGGAUUAAGAGAUCAAUUGAAGGCAAUUCAAUGGAUUCAUGAAAAUAUUGCCAUGUUUGGUGGUGAUCCUGAUCAUUUAGUCAUUUGGGGUGAAUCUGCAGGUGCCUUGAGUGUUAGUAAAUUAUUGGUUUCUGGUCAUUUACAAGAUUAUGUUAAAGGUGCAAUUAUUGAAAGUGGUUCUGUUUUAUUCCCAAAUACAACUUCUGGUGCCGUUGAAUAUCAUCAAGAUGAUUAUGAUACUUUAGUUGAUCAUUUUAAUUGUUCUCAAGCUAGUGAUUCUUUAGAAUGUUUACAAAAAAUUAAUGUUACUGAUUUACUUGAAGUUUUCAAUUUAUCAAACAAUGUUUUAACAACUGGUUUCAUUUAUCCUUAUAUUGAUGGUGAUAUUUUAACAAAAGCUUCAUAUAAUACACUUCUUGAUGGUGAGUUCAACAAGGUUCCUUUAUUAAUUGGUACAAAUACAGAUGAAGGUUCAUUAUUUAUCGGAUCUGGUGUUAAUACUACUGAAGAGUUUGAAUAUUAUAUGAAGAUGGCUUUACCAUCUCUUACAAAUAAAUCAAUUGCUACUUUGAAUGAAUUAUACCCUGUUAAUGAUUCCUCAAUUAAUGUCCCAUUAGACCCAACUUAUAAUUCUAGUGCAAUUGUUUAUCCAGAUUCUUUAGGUAAACAAUUUCCAAGAUUAGCUACUGUUUUCGGAGAUUUAGCAUUUAUAGCUGGAACAAGAAUCAUGUCAAGAGUCUAUGCAAAUAAUUCAGUUCCAGUUUAUAAAUAUAGAUUCAAUAUCCCAGAUUUAGCUUUAUCAUUAGCUCCUUAUUAUGGGGCAGGUCAUGCUCAAGAACUUGUUUAUGUCUUUGAUAAUAACAAAGCUUUAACAAAUACUUCAGAGGCAAUCUCUGCAGGCUUCAAUCCAAGUCCAAAAAGUGCAAACAUUUCAGAAAGUAUGAGUAAAAUGUGGGCAAAUUUCAUUACUGAAUUAGAUCCAAAUGUUAACCACGAUAAAGUUCCAAUGGAAGAUGUACCAGAAUGGCCAGAAUAUGGUGAUGAGGCUAAAAACAUGGUUUUCGACUUGAAUGGAUUCUAUUUGGAAGAUGAUGAUUUCAGAUCAAAACAAAUUGACUUUAUUGAAAGUAUUAUGGGUCAAUUGAAUGCUUGA